CCUCCCCCCUCCCCAACAUGGCCAGUUCUACCCGAGAGGUCGUGACCUUGCAGUUUGGUCACUACGCCAACUUCGUGGGAACCCACUGGUGGAACGUGCAGGAGUCUUCCUUCUGCUACGACACAUCCUCCGGAUCCAGUCCGUCCGAAAUCAACCACGAUGUUCUUUUCCGAGAGGGCUUGACGCUUACAGGAGAGCAAACUUACACCCCAAGGUUGCUCCUGUAUGAUCUGAAGGGCAGUCUGAACACGCUGAAGGAGGAUGGUACGCUGUAUGACGUGAUGGAGAAGGACAAUGAGGUCCACUGGAUGGGUGAUGUCACGCUCCACACCUCCGAAACAUCCGGCAAAAAUCAGUUCCUGAAAGACUUGGAAAGGAUCGACAAGGGAGAGUUACCUACAGAAGAAGAUGCCUCCUCUGCGGGGACUGAAGACUCACACGAUGAAAUCCAAGAGGCGACGCCUCACUCCUCCACCAACCCGCUGGAAGUGUUCCGCAGCAAACUCUACAACCUGGACGGCAGCGUCUCGGUCUGGUCAGACUUCCUCCGGAUCCACCUGCACCCCAGAACCGUGUCCAUCCUCUCCGAGUACGCUCACGACCUAGAGCAGGACAUGUUUGAUGUGUUCGACUACGGACAGCAGCUUUUGGGGACUCCGAGGGUCUCGUCAGACUUAGAGGACCGGCUACACUUCUUUGUGGAGGACUGUGAUAGUUUACAGGGGUUCCAGGUGCUUGUAGACCCUUAUAACGGUUUCGGUGGGCUGGCAGCUGAGGUUUUAGAACAGAUGUCAGAAGACUACGACAAUAAGGGGAUCUUAACAUUCGGUUGUUACCCAUCAGUGUAUGUCAGAAGAAGCCCUAUAGUUGACUACCACAGGCUCAUCUGUACUGUGUUGUCUGUGACUAAGUUAUCUACGAGUAGCUCAUUGUAUGCACCGUUAUCGGUUGCUGCAGGGUUAGGGCGCGACCCUGGACCCACGGCAUCCUUCCCGUACAUGACCUAUAACCCCACGCUGCACUACCACACAGCAGGCAUCCUGGCCGCCACACUAGACACGUGCACGCUGCCGUAUCGUACGCGGAGUGAUGCAGUCCUCAUGACUGACCUAACCGGUACCCUAAACUACUCGGGCCGUAAGAUGGCAGCACUCUCGGCAAGGCUUCCCUUCCCUAUAACCUUGGACGGCUCACUCGCUGCCAGCCUCAGCCAGUUUGUGGCAGCACCAGACUUGGUGAGCCUGUGUCCUGGUGUGAAGGAACCUGGGAGAACAUUCAUGCAGUCAGUCGUGUUAAGAGGAGUGCCGUCUAACAGGAUACGUAUACCUGACCCAGCUGCACAUGCUGAUAGCAUCUUCAGAGACUGCAGAUCUGUUAACGAUUGCUUGAAACGUUAUCUCCAGCGUGUGUACCCAGGAACGCUGAAUGCAGGGACAGUUGUGAAUGAACCGAUGACGGUCACCACUCCAUUUCCACAUCUGUUCCAGCCAGAGAUCGCUCACGACGGGUUGGUUGGGUUCAAGCCGAGGUCACCGAUGCAGGGAGUAGAGAAGGUCCCAGCGAUGACAUCCCUGUCCUCCCCAUCAGGAUUACAGGGCUGUCUGACUGCGCUCCACGGAGAGGUGGAGAAGCUGGACAUCAGGAGGUUCCACAGGUUCCUGGACGCUGGGCUGGAGGAGGAUGAGUUUAAGGAGGCCGUGGAGAGUCUGCGUAGGCUGGCACGGACGUACCAGACUGGUGAUAAUGAGAUGGCAGAGGACAGUGAUGAUGAUAGUGACUGAACUAAUCAUUCUGAAUUGUACUAGCCUCUACCAGGCUGCAGAGAUGGCUGGUUAAGAGUAGAAAUUGGCCAAAUGGAGGAAAGUCUGCCCAGGCUUGUAGACAUACCAGGCCAGUGAUGGCAGUGGAUAGUGAAGAUGAUUCCUGCUCACUCACUGUCUAAAUCAUAAUAGCAUCCAUCAGGUCUCAGAAGCAGCUGGAGAGAGUAGAAAUUGACCAAAUAGAAAGAUAACCUGCCAGGGAGUUGAUCUGCUAGUGGA